UUUAUGUACCCUCUUUCAGGAGCAAAACUACAGAAUGGAAAAACAAUCAAACUUUCAGGAGCAAAAUCUUAUUUAGGAAGCAGCAUGUGAAUGUAAUCAAAUCCUGGUUUCUGAUCAGAGCCGGCUUGUAUGCGCUCGUUGUUCUUCUCACUUUCAUGCUGGUAGAUUUUUAUUCGGUAGAGGGUUAAGUAUGGCAUCAGCAGCAACAGAGUUCUUGAUUGGCAAAAUUGGGGAAGCUCUUGAGAAGGAAGCAUCCUCCAUUGCUGGCGUUCGUGAUCAAGUGGAUGAGAUAAAGCAAGAGCUGGUCAGCAUGAAAUCCUUUUUAGAGGAUGCUGAGGGAAAGAAAAUAGACACUGAAGGAGAGAAGGAAUGGGUAGCAAGCAUUAGAAACUCUGUCUAUGAUGUUGAAGAUAUUAUUGAUGAAUUCAUGUACCGCAUGCACGAGCUGCGAAAUGGAGGUCGACUUGCAAGGUUACUAUGCAAAACCACUCUUAUUCCAAAGAAUUGGUACAGAAGUAGGUUUGCAAGGUGGCUUCGCAAAACCAUUCACAUUCCAACCAGAUUACAAUGCAGGGGCCGAUUUGUAAGGUGGCUUCGCAAAUGCAUUCAAAUUCCUGAGUAUCUUUGGUACAGGCAUCAAAUUGCCAAAAAGCUGCAAAAAAUCACAAAAACCAUCAGAGAGAUUCCAGAGAGAAAAAAGAGAUAUGGUAUCAUUCGCGUGGAAGGGACAGGUUCUAAUAAUAUUUGCAAUCGAGUGCAGAACCAAGCAGAGUCAUCUCUUUUUGUUACAGAAGAUGAACUUGUAGGAUUUGAAGACAAGAAGAACCUGCUCAUAGGAUGGCUGUUGAAUGAGGUAAAACAUCAAAUUGUUGUUUCUGUGGUUGGAAUGGGAGGAUCAGGGAAGACAACUCUAGUUGCCAAAAUCUUUACUGAUGAUGCUGUAAAGAAUCAUUUCGAAUGUUAUGCAUGGAUUACUGUUUCACAAUCUUAUGUGAUCGAAGACUUGUUUCGAAGCUUGAUCAAGGGAUUUCACCAAUCAAGGAAGGAAAAGGUCCCUGGAAAGUUGAGUUCCAUGAGCUACAGGGAAUUGCUAGAGAUACUGGUUAACUACUUGAGGUUUAAAAGAUAUGUUAUUGUUUUGGAUGAUGUGUGGAAUAUCCAACUUCUGAGAGAAAUAAGGGUAUCACUUCAAGAUAGACAGCUUGGAAGUCGAAUCCUGCUAACAACUCGAAAAGAUGACGUAGCAUUCCAUUCUUUUGGAGUUGAAAUCCUUGUUCAUCGCAUUCAACCCUUGGAGAACAAUGAAUCCUGGGAGCUUUUCAGCCGGAAAGCAUUCUUAACUUACCAUAACAAGUGUUGUCCUGCAGAACUGAAGUCAUUAGCUUGCGAACUAGUGGCAAAGUGUAAAGGUCUACCUUUGGCAAUCGUGACUCUAGGUGGUCUUAUGUCAUCAAAGAAAUCAUCUGCUGAGUGGAGAGAGGUGUGCAACAACUUAAAUUGGCAUCUUACAAACGAUCACUCUCUGGAACCAGUGAAGAGCAUCUUGUUGCUUAGUUACAAUGAUUUGCCAUACCGUUUGAAGCAUUGUUUCUUAUAUUGUUGCCUCUUUCCAGAAGACCAUUUGAUAGGAAGAUACAGGCUUGUGAGAUUGUGGAUAGCUGAAGGUUUUAUUGAACAUGUCAGUGGCGUCACACUAGAAGACCUUGCAGAGAGGUACCUUAUAGAGCUAACUUUUCGCAGCAUGUUGCAAUUUGUGAAGAAGGAUUCUCAAUCUAGAAUCCCAGAACAAUGCAUAAUGCAUGAUCUCAUGCGGGAGAUUGCUCUCUCAACUUCAGAAAGAGAAAAAUUUGGUGUCGUAUCUGAUAGGAGAGGAGUAGUAAAAGAAACUAGAGUUCGUCGUUUGGCGAUUCAUACAACCGAAGGAGAAAUUGAAUCAUGCCCAGGUAUGUUGCAGCUUCGUUCAUUACUUGUGUUUCCUUCUGGCUCAAGUUCUCCAUUGUUAACAAAUACAUGGUCUUCUGGGUUCUACUUGUUGAGAGUUCUAGAUUUGGAAUAUGUGCCAAUUGAAAAGCUUCCAGACAAUCUAGUGUACUUGUUCAAUUUAAGAUAUUUGAAUCUUAGAGGAACUCGGAUUAAAAGGCUUCCAAAAUACAUUGGAAGGCUCCACAACCUCCAAACCUUGGACAUCAGUGAUACAAGCGUAAAGAUACUCCCUAGUGGAAGUUCAAAGUUGAUAAACCUGCGCCAUCUGUAUAUGGGACAUUUCAAUGCGACUGGAUUUGAAACCUUCAUAUGUGCUAAUGGGAUUAGAGCAUCAUCACAUAUAUCCAUGUUCAAGAAAUUGCAAGAUUUAUUUUUUGUUCGGUCAGAUAAGAACAUGAUCAGACUUCUGAGAGAUAUGACCCAAAUUAGGAUGCUUGGCAUUACAAACAUAAAGGAAAGUGAUGAAAUGGAGCUCUGUGCCUCAAUUCAGAAGCUGAAGAUCCUGGUCUGGUUGAACUUAUCAGUAAGUAAUAGUUCGGAGGGAUUUCUUCGAAUUGAUGCACUUGUUUCACCUCCUCCAUAUCUUGAGUCCCUUAUGUUACGUGGUAAACUGAAAAUGGUACCAUGUUGGUUUUGUUCAUUAGAGUGCCUCACACAUAUAGAUCUGCGUUGGUGUAGACUUGAAGAAGAUUUACUGCCUCACAUUGAGGCGCUUCCCUGUCUGGAACGUAUUCUCCUUGAUAAUGCUUAUGUUGGGAAAGAGAUGAGUUUCAGUAGAGGCUUUGCAAAGCUCACACAUUUGGAGUUGUUCAAUUUCCGAGUACUUAAUACAUUAAGUAUAGGAAAAGGGGUGAUGCCAAAUCUCCAAUACCUGGGGCUUCGAAGCUGCAAGAAACUGAAGACAUUGCCGCAUGGUCUUGAAUACCUAGCUCAUCUCGAAAAAUUGUAUAUGGAGUGUGUUACAAGGAAACUUGUAGAGUCUAUACGAGAAGGAGGUGUGGAUCGUCCAAAGGUGCAACACAUCCGCAUAAUUGACCAUCAUUACAAAACAACUUCUGGGCUGUCCUAUGAGAGCUUAUCCUAGCUUCUGUCCUCUUUAAAAGGUAUGCAACUUUUUCCAUUUUCUUGGAUUUGUAGAACGAGAAUCUGAAAACAAACGAGAAUGCAGACACGUGUACAAAUAAAAAUGUGAUUUAUUUAUAAUCAAGCGCGGGGUUACAAUCUUUGUAAACUCCUCUGAUUCUAUCUCCGUAUGUGACUUGGCUCAAAGGUGAUGUGCACUUGAUCUUGGAUUUGGAUUUGAUAAAGAACGAACAAUUUGGUAGUUUGAUGAUUCUUCGUGGACUUGAGUUCGGAUUUGGACUUGAUGAAGAACGAUCGAUUUGGCAGCUUGAUGAUUCUUCGUGGACUUGAGCUUGGAUUUGGAUUUAUUGAAGAACGAUCUAUUUGGCAGCUUGAUGAUUCUUCGUGGACUUGAGUUCAGAUUUGGACUUGAUGAAGAACGAUCGAUUUGGCAGCUUGAUGAUUCUUCGUGGACUUGAGCUUGGAUUUAGAUUUGUUGAAGAAUGAUCAAUUUGGCAGCGUGAUGAUUCUUCGUGGACUUGGGAGAUUUCGGGAUUUGUCGAGAGUGAUAUUGCUGAAGUGAUUUUCUCUCUUCUUCUCAAGUCCAUUCUCUUCAUGUUGGAAUGUGUAU